GUCAAACGUUUUGUGCACGCUUUUGUGAAAAUGCAUUGUUUAUUUUCUAAUUUCUCAUAAAACUAUUGGAUUUGGGGAAUUGUUGAACUGACAGAUUUUGACUGUCACCAUGGACGCUGACCUCUAUGAUGAGUUUGGGAACUAUAUUGGUCCAGAACUGGACACGGAUGAGGAGGCUGAGGAAGAUUCUGACAAUGAUCUUGAAGAUGAGAGGGAAUACGCUGGCAUGGAUGAUGAGGACAUGGAUGAAGACCGAGACAACAUGGACGACGGGGCAGAACAGAUGCAGGUUGUCCUCCACGAAGAUAAAAAAUACUACCCGACAUCAGAGGAGGUGUACGGUCCAGAUGUCGAGAUCAUCGUCCAUGAGGAGGACACUCAGCCGCUGACACAGCCGAUCAUUGCUCCUGUGAAAAAGACGAAGUUUGCUCUCCCAGAGCAGGACCUACCAGAGACCACGUAUGACAUGGAGUUUCUUGCUGACUUGAUGGACAGUCCUGAGCUGAUAAGAAACGUGACACUCUGCGGUCAUCUGCAUCACGGGAAGACGACGUUCAUCGACUGCCUGAUGGAGCAGACGCAUCCUGAGAUAAGACCACAGGAAGAUAAAGAUCUCAGAUACACAGACACGCUCUUUACUGAACAGGAGCGUGGUGUGAGCAUCAAGGCAAGCCCUGUCACCGUGGUCAUUCCCGACACCAAGAGCAAGUCGUUCCUGAUGAAUGUCUACGACACGCCCGGGCAUGUCAAUUUCUCUGAUGAGGUCACAGCCGCUUUUAGAUUGAGCGACGGAAUUGUACUUUUCAUAGACGCAGCUGAAGGGGUGAUGUUGAACACAGAGCGCCUCAUCAAACAUGCAGUCCUGGAGAAACUUGCCAUCACGAUCUGCAUCAACAAGGUCGACCGCCUCAUCUUGGAGCUCAAACUCCCGCCAACCGAUGCGUAUUAUAAAUUACGGCAUAUCGUGGAUGAAGUCAAUGGAUUGAUAGCGAUGUACUCAGAGAGUGAAGAGCAGACGGUCAUGUCUCCAGUUCUUGGCAACGUCUGCUUUGCGAGUUCUUACUACAGAUUCUGCUUCACGCUGCGAUCGUUUUCUGCCAUAUACGCCGAUUCUUACGAGGAAUUGAACGCUGAUGAGUUUGCAAGACGGUUAUGGGGUGAUCUCUAUUUCCACACGAAAAGUCGGAGAUUCUUAAAGAAGGCCCCUUCGUCCACUGCAUCGAGAAGUUUUGUUGAAUUCAUCCUGGAGCCCCUCUAUAAGAUAUUCGCCCAAAUCGUCGGCGACGUGGACGAGGGCCUACCGCAGACCUGUGACGAACUUGGCAUCGGUCUCACCAAAGAGGAGAGAAAUAUGAAUAUUAGGCCAUUGCUGCAGAUUGUACUGAGGAAGUUCUUUGGGGAUUUCACUGGUUUUGUUGACAUGUGCGUGCAGCAUGUCCCUUCACCAUAUGCCAAUGCCCAGAACAAGAUCGAGCACAUCUAUACCGGACCAGUCGACACAGAGUUGGCAGACGCUAUGACAUCAUGCGAUCCAGAUGGCCCGUUGAUGGUGCACACGACCAAGAUGUACCCCACAGCUGACUUGACCGUGUUCCACGUGUUCGGCCGAGUGAUGUCGGGCAUCCUGUACGCAAACCAAGACGUCAAGAUCCUUGGUGAGAACUACUCGCUGCAGGAUGAAGAGGACUCGAGAUUUGGUCAGGUGGGGCGGCUGUGGAUUUUUGAAUCGAGAUAUCGAGUCGAGGUGAACCGUGUCCCAGCAGGAAAUUGGGUGCUGAUAGAAGGCGUCGACACGCCAAUCGUAAAGACUGCCACGAUUACCGAAUCAACUGGAAACGAGGAGGCACACAUCUUUAGACCGCUCAAAUUCAAUACAAGCUCGGUAAUGAAGAUUGCCGUCGAGCCAGUGAAUCCGUCAGAACUGCCGAAAAUGUUGGACGGGUUGAGGAAGGUGAACAAGAGCUAUCCCUUGCUCACAACAAAGGUUGAGGAAUCUGGUGAGCACGUCAUCCUGGGUACCGGCGAGUUGUAUCUGGAUUGUGUGAUGCACGACCUGAGGAAGAUGUACUCGGAGAUUGAAAUCAAGGUGGCGGAUCCGGUCGUUUCGUUCUGUGAGACGGUGGUCGACACAUCGUCAUUGAAAUGUUUUGCCGAAACUCCAAACAAAAGGAACAAGGUCACAAUGAUAGCAGAGCCGCUUGAGAAGGGUCUGGCUGAGGACAUCGAAAAUGAGGUCGUCCAAAUCACAUGGCCGAGGAAGCGGCUUGGAGAAUUCUUCCAGACGAAGUACGAUUGGGAUUUGUUGGCUGCUCGAUCGAUUUGGGCAUUCGGCCCUGAUGCUACCGGUCCGAACAUUCUUGUGGACGACACACUGCCAUCUGAGGUGGACAAAAAUUUAUUAGGUUCUGUCAAGGACAGUAUCGUGCAAGGUUUCCAGUGGGGAACACGGGAGGGUCCACUCUGUGAUGAACCAAUCAGAAACGUCAAGUUCAAGAUCCUCGACGCCGUCAUUGCCCAGGAGCCAAUCCACCGUGGAGGAGGUCAGGUGAUCCCGACAGCCAGGAGAGUGGCCUACUCGGCUUUCCUUAUGGCGACACCUAGGCUGAUGGAGCCGUACUACUUCGUUGAAGUCCAGGCGCCGGCUGAUUGUGUGUCCGCUGUGUAUACUGUCUUGGCGCGAAGAAGAGGUCACGUCACCCAGGAUGCUCCAGUUCCUGGAUCACCGCUGUAUACGAUCAAAGCAUUCCUUCCCGCCAUCGACUCGUUUGGCUUUGAGACAGACUUGCGGACACAUACGCAGGGACAGGCGUUCUGUUUGUCCGUCUUCCACCACUGGCAGAUUGUGCCUGGUGACCCCCUGGAUAAGAGCAUCAUCAUACGACCGCUAGAGCAGCAGCCAGCCACUCACUUAGCAAGAGAAUUCAUGAUCAAGACACGGCGAAGAAAGGGCCUGAGCGAAGACGUCAGCAUCAACAAGUUCUUCGACGAUCCUAUGUUGUUGGAGUUGGCCAAGCAAGAUGUCAUGUUGAACUAUCCUAUGUAGAGGGACGUUUGUUUGUCAUUGAAGGCGUGGUUCAUGUCGGACUUUGGCUUCGGUCGGACUUUGCAUUUCGGUACAGUUGGCAUAUACGAAGGAAGAGGCACUACCGGCCAACACACAAGUGGGGCUCUUUUCUAGAUUGACAUUAUCAUCAUCAUGGACUUAAACUGUGUUGACCACACGACGGGGGGUGUUUUCACAGAGCACCUCCCCUCAUUGAAUCUGUCAUGGGAGAUCUCGUGGAAAACGUUGUUUAAUCCAUCAUAAAUUCUAUGCUGUGGGUUUCAUCACAGCGCAUGUAAACAUCGGAAAUAUGAACCUGAGAGAUCAGACCCAGUUGAGAGAGCCAGCAGAUGUGUUACAAAGAUGAACAAGAUCUCAGGUGGCGUGAUUGGUUUCGCCAUGGUUGUUUCACCUCAUUUGCUGUUUUUCUGGUAAAAAAACUAUACUACUGAGCCAUUAAAAGGUGUACAAGCAACCUCACCUCCUAGCGGAUUUAAUGGGUCACUAGCUUGUUCUCUUCAGUGUUCAUUGUAUUGGCAGCAAAUCUCACGAAAGUUCUACACCUUCCGUGUAACAUCUAGUUCAUUUUUGUGGUACUUUAUAUGAAUUAGUUUAAAAGCAUCAUCAUGUGUUCUCAUUUGUACAUAGAGGAAUCAUGCAAUGUAUUUCAAAUGUGAAAUAAAGACUUGUCGUAAGAAA